AUGGCGGCAGAAAUCGAUCACAUCCUGGCGAGAUACACUUCCACGGCCAAAGAAGAUGGUUCCUUGCAUGGCGCUGCAUUCGUCGUAAGGGGAACAGGAGCAGAUAAGGUACUUUAUUCAGGUGCAGCUGGAAAGCUGAAUUACGAGUCUGAUGCGCCUUACACAGAGGAUUCAGUCUCGUUCAUUGCCUCUAUGACGAAGCUUAUCACCUCUAUCGCCGCGCUGCAGAUGGUGGAAAAGGAUCUUGUGGGUUUGGAUGAUGAUCUUGGCGCCAUAAUACCUGAUUUCAAGGGCCUGCAGCUCUUGACUGGUUUCGAUGACCUAGGGAAGCCGACCUUCGGCAAGCAUACCAAACCCCUCUCUUUGCGGCACCUCUUAACGCACUCAAGUGGCUUUGGCUACCAGAUGUUUGACCCGGACCUUAUCAGAUUCUUAGAAUCACAGGGAAUCAAGCCAGAUGCAAGCCCGACGACAUUCGAAGCAUAUAAGCUUCCUCUCAAAUUCCAACCCGGAGACGGAUGGGUGUAUGGAGUCUCAAUUGACUGGGCGGGAAGAGUUGUCGAGGUUUUGACUGGGCUCUCAUUGGAGGAUUAUUUUCAACAGAACAUCUUCCAACCAUUAGGCCUGAAAUCCACGACUUUCCGCAUCGCAGCUCACCCUGAGCUCCACGCUCGGCGAGCUGCUCUGUCGCUCAGGGCGGUUUCACGGGGCACUUUAGCUGCGACCAGUAACAUCCAACCGGACGAGCCUCCAUUCGAUGGUGGAGGCCAGGGGUUGCACUCGACAGCUGCAGAUUACGCUAAAGUAUUGGGCGCUAUCUUGGACGGCGGAGGGGGCAUCUUGAAAGAAUCGACCAUUCGCGAUCUAAACCAGCCUCAACUGCCUGACCCGAAAGCCCUAGAAGCACAUAUAUUCGGUGAACAUCACCUUACAUUUGCUCCAGAAUACCCCCAAGCCCUCCGCAUCAAUCAUGGGCUAGUGGGCUUGCUCAAUCUGGAGGACAUCCCAGGCAAACGUCGAGCUGGAAGUCUUGCAUGGAGCGGAGUGACAAAUCCUCGUUGGUGGUUCGAUCCCAAGUCUGGACUAGCAGCAACACUUUUCGUUCAGUUAUUGCCUCCAGGAGAUGUCAUUGUGGCUGAGCUCCUCGAUGAGCUUGAAACGGCAGUAUACAAGACCUUUGUAGAUGCCAAAGAGUGA